AUGGUGGUCGACACAGGAUACUACGAUGCCUUGGGCGUCCAGCCCACCGCGAGCGAGCUUGAGAUCAAGAAGGCAUACCGCAAGCUUGCUAUCAUCCACCAUCCAGACAAGAACCCCGACGACCCGACUGCCCACGAGAAAUUCCAGACUAUAGGCGAGGCGUACCAGGUGCUGUCAGAUAAGGACCUACGGAGCGCAUACGACAAAUAUGGCAAGGACAGCGCGAAGCCAGGCGAGGGUUUCGUUGACCCGGCCGAGUUCUUCAGCAGCAUCUUUGGUGGUGAGGCCUUUGUCGACUGGAUCGGCGAGAUCAGUCUCAUGAAGGACCUGAACACCGCCAUGGAGAUCACAUCCGAGGACCAGGAACAGGCAGAGCAUGCCGAUGCCGAGUUCCCGGGCACCGAGGAGGCCAUGCGGGAGAGCGCCAAGACUGACAAUGCUUCUACCACAACGUCUCAGGCACCCACCGUCACCGUAGAGGAUGAAUCCGGACAACCCGCUGCCAAAGUUACGUCAGAGAAGGAAACGUUAGGUUCGGAGUCAAAGCUGGAGACACCGCCCGUGGCACCUGGAGGCACCUCGCCAGCACCCAGCACCUCCGGAACUGCGGCCCGCUCGAAACAUGCCAUACCGAUCCGCCCUGCAAUUAUGGACCGACCGUCAGAAGAUACACAUGUGGCAGGUCAGACGGAAGAAGAAAAAGAGUUGCGUAAGAAGGAGAAGAAGAAGGGAGGCCUGAGCAAGGAGCAGAGAGAGAAACUUGCCGCAUACGAAGCUGAACGUGCCAAAGUGCGUCAAGAACGUGUUGAUACUCUGGCCCGCAAGCUUAUCGAUCGCAUAUCGGUGUGGACCGAGACGGACAAGGGAGCAGACGUCACCAAAGCAUUCCAGCAGAAGACGGCCCUCGAAGUUGAGAACCUGAAGAUAGAGAGCUUCGGCCUAGACAUUCUGCACGCUAUUGGCGCCGUGUACAUGUCCAAGGCAACGGCUCUGCUUAAGUCUCAGAAGUUCCUCGGGAUCAGCGGAUUCUUCAGCCGGGUCAAGGACAAGGGAACCUUCUUCAAGGAGACCUGGAACACCAUCUCGUCCGCCAUCGACGCCCAGCAGACCAUGGAGGAAAUGGCUCGCAUGGAGGAGGCCGGCGGCGAGAACUGGACCGACGAGCGGAAAAUGGAGUACGAGCGCAAAGUCACGGGCAAGAUUCUGAAUGCUGCGUGGCGUGGCAGCAAGUACGAAAUCCAGGGCGUCUUGCGUGAAGUCUGUGACGCCGUACUGUACGACAAGAAGGUGCACUUGAACAAGCGCAUCGAGCGUGCCGAAGCCCUUGUACUUCUCGCCGAUAUUCUGCAGAAAGCCCAGAGAUCACCAGAGGAGGAAGGUGACUACAUGGCUUUCGAGCAACUCGUUGCUGAAGCAGCCAUGAAAAAGGACAAGGACACCAAGAAGAAGGGCAAGGAUAAGGAACACCACCACCACCACAAGAAAGAUGCCAGUGAACCGUCCACUACCGAUGCAGCCAGUGCUUCCAAGGAAAAGGCGUAG